AUGACUCAAAAUAACUAUGCCCAGGGAAAAUUCGGACGAAAUAUCAAGCUCAACUGUAACGCGACAUUUCUCUGUAGAAACUGUCUUGAUGGAACAGUUAACAAACGUGCUUGUAGUCAAGCUGGACUUCUAAAAGCUUACAAAAGAGCGACGGAAGAGAACAAGAAUAAGCAGUAUCCGUACAUGUUUCUGGAUCAAUCACCUCGAGGCCAUGCCUCAAGCUAUCGACUGUAUACGGAUAUAUUCUCCGAUUAUCCAGUUGUCUUCUCAGUUAGCGGAAUGAAGGCUUGCAUCGUACCAUACAACGAUUUUAAGCAAAAUUUCGAUAUAAUCGACAGAGACAAUACUUUCGAGGCAGUUGAAAAGAAAGAUGCGAAGAAAAACCCGCCGUGCAAAACAGUUGAAUCAACCAGAGUCAAAUCAAAGAUUAGAUGCGACAGUUUUACCGAAGACUCGUCAGAGUCGGAGGUUGAAAGGUCAAGAUCCAGAAAGCGGAACAAGAAGUCAAGUGUCGACAAGAAAUCAAAAAAGAAAACAAAGAAGCGAAGACGACAGUCAACCUCAAGCGAAGCGUCUUCGGAAGACGACAGUUCCGAGAACGAGAAAUCAAAAUCAAAAAAGAAUAAGCGAAGACGUCCUUCAACCUCAAGCGAAUCCAGUACCGAAUACGUCAGCUCAGACGAAAAAUCAAAAAAAUCGAAGCAAAGAAGAAAUUCAAACUCAUCCGAAAGUCCAAGCUCCGAAGAAGUCAGCUCUGGAGGAUCAGAUUCAAGCCCUUCACGAAAACGUGGCAAGCGCUCCAGCGUUCUCAGCGAAAGUAGCGGAAUUUCUCAGGAAGAGUAA